ACAUGGACAGCAUAUUUAAGAUUUCAAAGUUUUUCAUGAUAAUCAAUGGCUUGUGGGUCUUACCCCUACACCAUAACUUAAUAGUGCAAAUAUUGUACAAAGCGUAUUCGCAAAUUUUGCACUUUAUUUAUGCCCUUUUCAGCAUUUCGCUGAUAAUCGGGUUAAUUGAUUUAAUUGUGCAAAAAGCCCCAUCCGAUCGUGUCUUUGGCUCUCUGACAUUAACGCUAAUUUUAUCAAUGAUCAGUUGCAAAAUAUUCUUUUACCUGAGAAAUGGCGUUCCCCAUUUAUUUGCAGAAGUCAUCGACGAAGAAGCAGUUUGCCUGAAUUCACAGGACCCGGAUAUUAAGAAAAGUUAUCUGAAUCAAGUGAAAUACAACAAAUGGGCCAUGACUGUGCAUACGAUGUGUACUUUUAUAACAGUUGGCCUGUUUAUUGGAAUGAACGUGUACAAAAAAAUCAACCGUUUAUUUAAAACUGAUGAAGUGUUUAUGUUAGAGCUUUGGAUUCCCAUUGACAAAACUGAGAAUGAUAUGCUGAUUAUAGUUUUCAACAUUUUCAUAAUUAUAGUUGCAUUUUUCAACAAUGUGGCUGUUUCAGCUGUUCCUCAAACCUUGAUGGUUUUCAUAAAUGCUCAGCUGCGCAUUUUGCAAAUUGAAAUUCGUAAAGUGUUUGACCCAAAUCGAGAAGAACUGGAUGUAACACAUGACGUGAACCGACUAAUUAUGAAGCAUCAACAUAUUAUAGAAUUUGCGAGCCAAUUGAAUAAUGCUAUCGAAAAUCUUAUACUACUGGAGUAUAUAUCAGACUCACUAAAUGUAGCAGCAGCUUUACUUCAUACAAUUACCAUUCCGUUCAGUGGGGAAAUGAUGUAUUCAAUUUUUCACUCUUUAAUCCUCCUGGCUCGGAUUUUUAUAGUUGCAUGGACCGCCACUGAGGUAAACACACAGAGCAUGAAUGUUGGCAUUGCAAUAUACGAAAGCAAUUGGACCGGGCAAAGCAACCAAGUUAAAAUGCUUUUGCAAAUCAUGAUGAUGAGAGCUCAAAAACCGUUGGCAAUUUGCAUCGGCCCAUUCCGAGAGCUAAACAACGAAGCAUGUUUGAUAACUAUGAAAGGAGCUUACUCAUAUGCAUCUUUAAUGAUGCAAAAAUACUUAAAGACUUGAUCAACGCAUCAUAUAACAUAUACAAAGCUGUAUGUGUAUAGCAAAUAAAUAAUAAUAUAUAUGUAGAAAAUCCAAGCAUCACUAUUGACCAUAUAGAUAAGUCACGAAUAAAAUCAGUGUUUUCAA